ACGACGAGGACGAGGACGACGAGGACGAGGAGAAUGAUGCAGAAGAUGAAGAUUUGACCGAGUUUGAUCCAAUAGUAGUUUCUGCUAAUCCAGUUCAAAGGAAAGAGAAGAAAAGUUUGGAUUUGAGUCGGUGGAGAGAGCUAAUGGCCAAUGACAAUCCUUACGUGGCUCAGAAAAACAACAAUAAUAGGUAUUUAGUUUUGGAAUCGAAAAAGCAGAAGAAGACUAAUGAGUUAACUGAAAAUUCCGACCAAGUAAGCAGCCGCGUUGGUGCCAUGAAUGGUGGACUGCCACAGAAAAUGUCACCAGAUAAGGAUGCAAAUUCAGAAGAUGUGACUAUGAAGGCGAUGGAUCCCGAAUUGUUAGAAGAAGUUUCACAAAAUGUGAUUGCAGAAACAAGGGGCAAGGUUAUGGACCCUGGAUCGUUAGAAGUGUCCAAAAGGCAAAGGCGAGUGGAUACUGAGAAGCAAAAGGUGUCAACAUCGCAUAAAACUUCCAGUCAUACUUCCAUCAACAUGGAAGAGUCCACAAGUCUUGAGAGUCAAAUUGAUGCCGAGAAUUGUGCCCAGUUACAGAGAAUGUCAGCUGAUGAGAUUGCAGAAGCGCAGGCUGAGAUCCUGGAGAAGAUGAAUCCUGCAGUAAUAGAGGCAUUAAGAAAGCGUGGACAACACAAAUUGAAGAAAGAAAGAGUCUCCAGCUUAGACAUGGCUGCCAAAGGUGAGGUGGGUAAUCUGCAGGAUGAGAAAAAGUUGAUCAAAGAUGCAAAAUGUUCUCCACUCUCUGAGAGGGAUAUCUCCCGUGAUGUGACAACAGCGGCUUCAAUAGAUACAAGGAGCGGGCUGAGUUAUAAUGCUAUGCAGAAUUCGAGUUCCAGUUCUGGCAGUUUGUGGGAUGCUUGGAGUGAGACAGUUGAGGCUGUCAGGGAAUUGAGGUUUUCAUUGGAUGGUAAUGUUGUUGAAAAUAAUUUUGCUGAGGUACCAAAGACUGGGAAUUUAUCUACUCAAAGUGGGUAUAGCUCCAACAAUGUUUCUGAACGUGAUUUCCUUCGAACUGAGGGAGAUCCUGCUGCUGCAGGUUACACCGUCAAAGAAGCAGUAGCUCUCACUAGAAGUGUGGUUCCUGGCCAACGUUCUCUUGCAUUGCAUUUACUUGCAUCCGUGCUUGAUAAAGCAUUACACAACAUUUGUCAAAACCAAGUUGGGUUAAAUGUGAAAAACGCUGGCGCCAACAAUUUUAUUGACUGGGCUGCCGUAUGGGCUUAUGCACUUGGCCCAGAACCUGAACUUGCUUUAUCUCUGAGAAUGUCUCUUGAUGAUAACCACAAUUCAGUAGUUUUAGCUUGUGCGAAAGUUAUUCAGUGCAUAUUGAGCUGCGAUAUCAAUGAGAACUAUUUUGACAUCUCAGAGAAAAUAGCAGCUUAUUCAAAGGACACAUUUACCGCUCCUGUAUUCAGAAGUAGACCAGAUAUUGAUGUUGGGUUCCUUCAGGGUGGCUUUUGGAAGUACAAUGCUAAGCCUUCUAAUAUUUUGCCUUUUGGUGAGCAUAUUGUGAAUGACAAUAAUGAAGAAGGUGAACAUACUAUUCAGGAUGAUAUGGUUGUAGCUGGACAAGAUUUUGUAGCAGGUUUGGUAAGGAUGGGUAUCCUUCCAAGGAUUUGUUAUCUUUUGGAGACAGACCCUUCUGCAGCUUUGGAAGAAUGUAUUAUUUCCAUGCUUAUAGCAAUAGCGAGGCAUUCCCCUACUUGUGCAAAUGCAAUCAUGAACAGUGAAAGACUUGUUCAAACAGUUGUGGACAGAUUUACAACAAAAGAGCCAAUGGAAGUCAAUCCUUCUAAGAUAAAAUCGAUUACCCUUUUGAAGGUGUUGGCACGAUCCGAUAAGAAGCAUUGUAUUGAUUUUAUGAAAAAUGGAAUUUUCCGGAAUGCAACAUGGCAUUUGUAUCAAUAUGCAUUCCCGCUUGACCAGUGGCUAAAAUUGGGAAGGGAGAAUUGUAAACUCUCAUCAGCAUUGAUAGUUGAACAGUUGCGCUUUUGGAAGGUCUGCAUUCAGUAUGGAUAUUGUUUAUCUUACUUUUCAGAUUUCUUUCCUGCUCUCUGCAUGUGGUUGAGUGUACCAACAUUUGAAGAACUCGUCAAAAACAAUGUUCUCAGUGAAUUUGUUGCCAUCACUAAGGAAACAUUCCUUGUUUUGGGGGUUCUAAGUGGAAAACUUCCAAAUUUUUAUUCACAUAAUCAAACAUCUGAAGUUGCUGCUGAAGACAUGGAGACUUGGUGCUGGGUCCAUGUUGGUCCAAUGGUCGAUUUAGCUAUAAAGUGGACAGCAUUGAGGAGUAAUCUAUACAUUUCUAAAAUAUUUGAGUGGAAGAACGGAAAUAAGGGAAAUUCUCUUAUCCAGUAUUCAACAAUGAGUUCCUUGUUAUGGGCGAUUUCAGCUGCCCUGCACAUGCUUUCUGGUGUGCUAGAUAGAGUGAUCCCAGAGGAUGCAAUCAGCCUGCCUGGCGGCCAUUUGCCAUGGCUACCAGAGUUUGUCCCUAAGAUUGGACUUGAAAUUAUUAAGAAUGGUUUUCUGAGCUUUUCAAUGACAAAUGCUACAGAAUAUGGAUUUGAUCCCGUGCAAGGUAGCUCUUUCGUUGAGUAUUUGUGUCAUUUGAGACAUCAAGGUGAACAUGAAACUUCAGUGGCUUCUGUUUGUUGCCUUCAUGGUUUAGUUAAGGUUGUUGUUUCUGUUGAUAAGUUGAUCCAACUGGCUAAGUCUGAGAUUCUAACUCCAUCAUCUCAAGACCUCAUUAUGUCAAGAGAAGGUUUGAUUCUUUCUGGUGGGAUAGUUAAGUCGUCAAUUCUUGAAUUCAGAAGUGUAAUAACUAUUUUCAUGAAGUUAAUUUCUUCUGAGUGGCAAUUGAUGCAGUCAAUUGAGAUAUUUGGCAGAGGCGGCCCAGCUCCAGGGGUUGGACUGGGUUGGGGUUCUGUUGGUGGAGGGUUUUGGUCUAAAAAUGUUUUGUUGGCACAAACAGAUGUAGGAUUGCUUAUUCCCUUGCUUGAAAUCUUCCAAAAUGUAUCUGCUACAGAUCUGCAUACAGGUGAAGAGAUGACCUUUACUACUCAAAGGAUAAAUUCUGCAUUUGGUGUAUGUUUAAUUGUGGGACCAAGCUUUGGAUUUAUAAUGGAUAAGGCAUUGGAUACCUUGCUCCAAGUCCCUGUUCUAAAGUAUUUUGAUUUCUGUAUUCACCAUUUUAUUAGCCUUAAUAAGGGAUUAAAACCAUUUGUGUGGAAGUACAAAGAAGAGGACUACCAGCUUUUCAGUAAGAUUUUGGCUUCUCAUUUCAGAAACAGGUGGUUGACAGUAAAGAAGAAGAAGCAGAAAGCAGUGGAUGGAAGUCGUGGUGUUGGGGAGAAAAUGUCUAAGAAGGGUGGUAAUCUGGAUACUAUUCAUGAGGACUUGGAUACAUCAAGUAUGACCAGUCAAGAUCUCUGCACUUCUUUGUCAGUAGAAUGGGCUCAUCAGAGACUGCCUCUUCCCAUGCAUUGGUUUCUCAGUCCAGUCUCAACUAUCAAUGGCAGCAAACAAGCUAAUCUUCCUAGCACUUCUAACAUAAUAAAUCCAGUGGAGGACCUCAUUGAUAUUAUUGAAGUUGCUAAAGGUGGACUUUUCUUUCUUUUAGGUAUUGAAGCAAUGUCUUCAUUUGUUUCCACUGAGAUCCAGUCACCAAUUUGGAGUGUACCAAUAACUUGGAAAUUGCAUUGUUUGUCUGUAAUCUUACUUGUUGGUAUGGGCGUGCUUGAAGAGGAGAAGAGUAGGGAUGUGUAUGAAACUUUGCAAGAGCUCUAUGGGAAGCUUCUUGAUGAAUCAUGGUCAAGUAAAAGCAAAGAAUUCUUGGCAGAAACUGGAGAAAAUUACAGUGUGGAAUUCCUGAGGUUUCAAUCGGAGAUACACGAGAGCUAUUCUAUGUUUAUGGAAACUCUUGUGGAGCAGUUUGCUGCUAUAUCUUAUGGUGAUGAGAUUUAUGGUCGACAAGUUGCAAUUUAUCUACACCGUUGUGUUGAAUCUUCUGUACGCCUUGCAGCCUGGAGUGCACUAUCUAAUGCUCGUGUUCUUGAACUUUUGCCUCCUUUGGAAAACUGUUUUGCCAAAGCUGAAGGGUACCUUGAACCUGUUGAGGAUAAUGAAAAGAUUUUGGAGGCUUAUGUGAAGUCAUGGGUAUCUGGUGCCCUUGACAGAGCUGCAACUCGAGGAACAGUGGCUUUUACUCUGGUUCUUCACCAUCUUACAUGUUUUAUGUUUGGCUAUUGCAAUGAUGAUAAGUUAACACUCCGAAAUAAGCUUGCCAAGUCUCUCCUGCGAGAUUACUCUCGUAAACAGCAACAUGAGGGCAUGAUGUUGGAUUUUAUUCAAUACCAGAAGCCUGGACAAAGGGAAGGUUCAUCCGUAAGUAUGGGCGAAGUUGAGAAAAGAUUCGAGUUAUUAAUAGAAACUUGCGAAGGAAAUUCCUCACUCUUACAUGAUGUAGAGAAACUCAGGUUGUCCUUCCAGAAGAAACAUAAAGUUGCUUGAUCAAGUACAUUUGUAUAUUAUGCGUGUAAAUUUUUGAAAUAGCUUUGUUUAACAUAUGUUUUAGUAAGGUUCAGGAAUGAGGAAAGAGAUGCUUUUUUGUUGCUUUCUAAGUUCCCACAAUGGUUCUCCAAAGAUUUUACACCUGGCACUUCAUUUCUCCAUUAGAGCAAAGUUGACUUGUCAAGGAUUAUUCGUAUCUUUGAAUUCUAACAAACUCUAGUGUAGACAUUUUCAUGACAAAUGUUUGUAACAUUGGUGGCAAUCUGAGGUAAGUUUGUCGGAGAUAGUUCUUGGAGUGAAAAUGUUGGAAGCAUCUUCUCAUUGUGUGUUUGUAAUGGUCUUUUUCUUGGAGUGACAAAUGUUUCCCUUAUU